ACGAGUAUAAGAAGACCACGGAGGAACCAGCACAAGUCACAGAAUCUUCUUCUUCAUUCAAGCGAACAACAAGUUCUACAAUCCCCCCACAAAACAUCCAUCAUGAAAUUGUUGAUUGUCGUUGCUCUCUUUGCUGUGGCUUCCGCUAACACCUUCCAAAACCCGUGGUCAACUGCAAGAGUAUUGAAAAUCGACGAUGAAAAACCUGUGGCCAUUUUGAGAUCUGCCAGUGACUUUAAGGACGAUGGAAGCUGGAGGCAUAGCUUUGCCAGUGAAGACGGAAUUCAGGUCGAAGCCAACGGAUUCCAGAAGCGCGUCGGACCUAAACCCGAGGACGUUGGUGCCGUUUCUCGCGGAUCUUACUCUUACACUUCUCCGGAAGGAUUCCUCAUCACCGUCAACUGGGUUGCCGAUGAGAACGGAUUCCAGGCCAAAGGUGACCACUUGCCCGUCGCUCCCCCCAUGCCCCCGCACGUCGUCAAGAUGCUCGCCGACUUGAGAGCCGCCGGUCGUCUGUAAACACUUUUUCGAUUUCAAUACGAUUUUUCAACGACACUUAGCUAUUACCUACCCCUUUUUACUGACGAUUCAAGAUGCCUGCCAAUUUCACAAUUUUGAAAAAAUCAGACAAAUAACUGUGCACAAAAUGUACCAUACGUUGGGAUUAAUGAAUAAACCAUGACGGCAUUUUUAACAA